UUUGAUUCAGUGAACACUGAUGUCCAAGGGAAGAUUCCCAUUGACUCUAGUGAGUUCAAAGCCACCGAUGCUUAAAAAAAGUCCCAUUUGAAACAAAAAAUUACAAACCUGUACUUAGCUUUAAAUGAUUUGAUUUAAUCCUACAUUCCAACUGAUGUAAUUGCUAAAGUAAUACAGAUAGCACAAGAGUGAAACAGAGCUUUGUUGCACAACUGAAACAUGUUCAAGUAUGACAAGAUAGAGUUCUGACCAACCUCCAUGUAAUUGGGAUUAAGGUCAUAGAUUAAAUGUUAAUUUCUGAUUGGUUGUGCCAAUGCUCUGCCCUUCUUGACAGGGCAGAUUAAACUGACUAGCAAUACAUCCAUUCAUUGCAGCAAUUCCUGCCCUUCAGAAUCACACAGGCUGGACUGUCUUCUGCUGUUGCUCCCAAGCUCGCACCUACAAGCAAAACAGCUCCCAACAGCAGCCUCAUCCACCUGCCCCCUCCAGCCCACAUGCCGAGAACCCUGCAAGAUGGGGCUUCCCACCUCUGUAUGGCUCUGCUCUAGCUCCCAGCAAAAGUCCAGCCAAGGUUGGGCAGCUAUUGAGAAGCUUCCCUAAAUGCGCAAUGAAGAAAUAAAGAACAUGGCAUAAACAACACACCUCUUUUACCCUUAUGGAAUAUUGCUGACUGUGUACUCUGAGGAAAUGUAUUAUUUUACUGAAGACUUUGACUGACUACCAUGGCUGUGAGCACCUAUGAAGCAUUUAUUUGCAGUUUGAUCAGAAACAGCUACUGAGCUAUUCACUAACUGAAAUGGAAAUCUUAAAGCAAGCCCAAAGCUUUGGUAGCUUUAUUGCCUCUAACAGAGCAUCCUGGCUGGUAUUCAUCAUUAUUCAAGUUACUUGCUGUUCAUCGUUGCAUAUAAGAGCCCAGCCUCUCAUCCCCAAUUCACCUUUCCUCUCUAUCUGGAAUGCUCCUACAGAGCUUUGCACUGAGAAGACUAAAGUGCAGCUGGAUAUGAGACUCUUCCACUUGGUAGGAAGCACACUGAAGACAUCCACAGAGCAGAAUAUUACUAUAUUCUAUGCAGACAGGCUUGGUAAUUAUCCUUACAUAGAUGAGAACACACAUAAGACAUUUAAUGGUGGGAUCCCCCAACUCUGUUUCUUGGAACACCAUUUAAAGAAAGCCAGGGAUGACAUUAAUUUUUAUAUGCCUUCAGAUGAACAGGUUGGCUUGGCUGUCAUCGACUGGGAAAACUGGAGGCCACUAUGGAUACGGAACUGGGGAGCAAAAGACAUUUACAGGCAGGAGUCUGUCGAGUUUGUUCAGCAGAACGAUAUAAGCCUAUCAGAAACCCAAGUCAGGACUCUAGCCAAAAUGGAAUUUGAAGCUGCAGCAAAAUCAUUUAUGUUGCACUCUUUAAAACUGGGAAUAUCAAUGAAGCCAAACAAUUUGUGGGGCUAUUACCUUUAUCCUGACUGCUAUAACUAUGAUUACAACCAAAAUCCCCAUAAUUAUACAGGAAGCUGUUUAGAUAUUGAAAUAGCAAGGAAUAACGAGCUUAAUUGGUUGUGGGAGGAAAGCACAGCACUUUACCCAUCUGUCUAUCUCGAAACAGCCUUGAGAUCUUCCAAAAACGCACCACUCUUUGUUCGUAAUAGAGUUCAAGAAGCCAUUAGAGUGUCUAAUGUCUCCAAUUCCACCUGUCCACUUCCCAUUUUUGUAUAUACACGUCCAGUAUUUACGGAUUUCAAUCAGGAAUAUCUCUCUCAGGAUGACCUUGUAAAUACCAUUGGCGAAUCUGCUGCAUUAGGUGUCUCUGGAAUUGUAAUCUGGGGAGACCUGCAUUUAGCACUGAGUGUGAACACUUGCAGAACUUUAGGCAGCUACCUUGGGCAUACUCUGAAUCCUUAUAUCAUCAAUGUAACCAUGGCAGCUAAAAUCUGUAGUCAAGCAUUAUGCCAAGACUCUGGUGCAUGUGCACGAAAAAACUGGAACUCCAGUGACUAUCUUCAUCUGAAUCCAGAGAAUUUUAUUAUUCAGAUGUCAAAAGAUGGAAAAUAUGCUGUACAAGGGCAGCCAUCAUUUCAGGAUCUGCAGCAAUUUAUAGAAAAAUUUUAUUGCCGCUGUUAUGCAGGCUACAGUUGCAAAUCUAGAGCUGAUGUAAACGACAUCCACUACAUCAAUGCCUGCAUUUCAGAAGAUAUUUGUGUUCAAGUGUCCUUAAAUUCACUUUCUAAUAUGGAUGCCUCUGGGGCCAGGGCCUCUUCCAACAUGAGUGUAUUUUCAUUAACUCCAGAGAAAAACAUGACAUUACCUGCACUUAAUGCAACAGAAGGUUUUCAGCAAACCAUUAGGAAUAACAAAUUCACUGUAUCUAGUGCAGAACAUACCAGUGCCACAACUAACAGUAAAGUUGAUUUAAAGAUAACUGAUACUCACAGCUUCAGUGAUUCAUCUGCUGAGGAGAUGAAGAUACUGAAUAUGGCUUGUUUAAUUCUAAUUUUGAGAAACCUAAUUUAAAUGACCCAACUGAAGAAAGAAUGUCAUUUUCAUUCUCUUUCUUCCUUCAAGGCUGUGUUCAGAAUUCCAGAGUUUUUAUUCCCACAAAAGGGCAGUACUUGAAAGGUGAUGAGUAGCUGUGAUUUCUGUGGAUUUAUCUGGAUCAUUACCAUGUUCUGUCCCUCAAACUUUAUAUUUGCUUUUCAGUUUAGUUCUAUAAACUACUAUUUGUACCAGAGAAAUCCUGGUCGCACCUUUUGUAGCAGGAUAAUCCAAAAUUUUUAUAUUUGAGAAACAAACCUUUUAUAUGGUUUGAGGGAGCUAUUUGUAAUAGAAGAUUUUGUAUGUGAAAACAAGUGUGUGAAAUUCACUUCAAACUGAAUUUACAUGGUUCUUGAGUAGGAGGUGGGUUUAGGGCUGGUCCUCCUCAUGGGGUGAAAUUAGUAUGAAUAUAAUACAAAUUCUUAAAAAUACUGGAUUAAUUUUAGAUCUGAGGAAAUAAUUUGCAGCCUCUUUCUGGUUUUGGAACAUCUGUAAUGACUUUGCAAUAUCAGCUACUAGAAGAUUUACGUGGCAUUGCUCAGGUUUUUAACUCAAUUUUUGUUUUUUGGAAAAUAAAAUGUAAAAUGAGGCUGGGGAUGAGGGCUUCAGUAUGCACACUGUCCUGGGAAGAGAGUACAACCCCAGCCCUCUCUCAUAGGAUCAGCUUGGCGCCAGGUGAGAAGUGCUUCUCCAUGGCCGCUGCAGCUUCAGCAAGUAUAGGUUGGGGAGAGGGCCAUGUCCUCUGGCUGGGACAGGCCCAGGUUUGUCUGCCCCGGAUGCUUCCCAGGCAGUGUGAGGAAUGCAGCAAACUACUGGUCCAUUCCCCAUCUGUAGUCCCUUGUUGCCCUCCUGUGAUCAUUAUACUGUAUAAUUGUCCUCGCUUUCCAUUCCAUAUCCUCUGCUACCCCCAUGUGGUCAUUAUAUAGCAGAGCCCUUCCUUUCCAUUGUAUGAGAAACAAAUCCCAUUCCAGGCACAUCCUAUUUUACAGGCACCACCAAAUUCUUACCUUUCUUUAAGUUAUGAUAAGAGGAAGCAGCACACCAAAUUUGGUGGUUCUAGCUCUUACCAUUUAGGAGCAGUUCUUGAACAAACAGACACACUCACAAACAAACUCUUCAAAUAUAUAGUAGAUUUAAAUAUAUUCAAAGACUUUUUUAAAAAGUUAAUGCUCAUCACCGUAGUAGCUGAGUACUUCAAAAACAUACAUGGAUUUUCACAAUAGGUCAGAUGCUAUGACCCCUAUUUUACAUAGGGAGAGCUGAGGGCUAGAGAUUAAGGUCAAAUUUAUCCACUUUGUUUCAGAUUUGAUGCAAGACCUGAAUUUUCAGAAUCCUUAGCAUUAUAUAGCAUAUUAUACAUUCAAAGCCCAGCUUCCAUUGACUUCAGUUGCAGCUAGUUGUGUUAACCAUACCAGCAAAUGACAACUUCAGGGCUUAAUUGCAUUCCAUGUUCACAGCCCCAUGUUGAGGCGACAUGGAGCUAUAUGCAUAAUAUGGAUUUGUCAAGAACAAUCAUUCCAAGCCAAACUAAUUUCUUUCUUUUAUAGGUUUACUGGCCAAGUGGAUAGAGGAGAAGUAGAUAUGAUUUAUCUUGAUGUUUAGUAUGAUUUUUGAUACAGUCCCUCACAGGCAAAUAAAGUAGAUGAACAACUAAUUGAAAAACCAUACCUCAAUGAGUAGUUGUCUCUGGUUCCCUGUCAAACUGGGAUGGUGUCUCUCAUAGGAUCAGCAGGAUUUUGUUUGGUCCAGUAUGGCUUAACACUUUCAUUUGUGACUUUGAGAAUGGAGUGGAAAUUAUGCUUAUGAAAUACAUGGAUGAAACCAAGAUACAGGAGAUUGCACACAUUUUGGAGGACAGGAUUAGAAAUAAAAAUUACCUUGAUAAACUGGAAAAUUGGUCUGAAACCAACAAGAUGAAAUUCAAUAAAAACAAGUACAGAAUACUAUACUUAAAAGGAAAAAUCAAAUGCACAACUACAAAAUGUUGAGAACUGGCUUAGGCAAUAGAACUGCAGAAAAGGAUCUUGUGAUCGUAACAAUCACAAAUUCAACAUGAGCCAACAGUUGCAAAAAGCUAACAUUCUGAGGGCAUUAACAGGAGUAUUGUAUGUAAGAUGCAGGAAAUAAUUAUUCUUUUUGGGCCCAAGGUGACCUCAGCUGGUGUGUUAUGUCUAGUUUUGGGCACUGCAAUUUAGGAAAGUUGUUUACAACUAGGAGAAAAUCAAAAGGACUGCAACAAAAUGGAAAAAAAAAAGCUUAGAAAGGUAAAAAAGUUGGGUUAUUUUUAGUUUUGAGAAAAGAAAGACUGAGGGACCUGGUAACUGUCUAAUAUGUUGCAGGCUGUUACAAAGAGGAUGAUGAUCAAUUGUUCUUCUUGUCCACUUGAAAGUAGGACAAGUAGUAACUGGCUUAAUCUUCAGAAAGAGAAAUUUAGGUCAGAUAUUAGGAAAAAACUCUCUCACAUUAUCUUCUGGGAAUUGACAUAUUUAUGUUCUUACCUCAAUAGGGCAAAAGAUAUGAGGCAGCAGCAUUGCUGGAGAUGGAACACAGCAUGGGCAAUGUUUUCAAAGGAGUGUCAGUCUAGAAAAUAUCCGUGCACAUGCAACAUUGUACAUGCACUCAUCACUUGUUUGUGUAUAAAAAUAGGAUGUUCAUGCACAAAGACCAGAGAGGACAAAAAUUGCUCAAACAGAUAAAUGCAUAAACAAAUUUGCAGGUGCACAGAAACACCAUUUUGCAAUAUGAUCUUCCACUGAAAAGCUGAUAUAAAAUGAAAGAUAUCUGUUACCCACAAGCUUUUCAUAGCGUGACGCAGAAUCAGUGAUUACCUUUUUCUUUCUUUGAAAAGGUGUAAAAAUUACAUUGGUACUGCCAGUUUCCUCAUUCACUGGAUGUUGGUGUCACACUCUGUGAAGUGAAUCAUGGCCAACAGUGCCAAAUUCAAGAGGCAGGGUACAUAUACCCAAGACUGAUUAUAUGCUCUAUAAUUAGAUUUUACCAUCCCAGUAACAAAGAUGAGUUCCCAGAGUACUACAGUUGUUUUAUAAUGGACUAACAGACAUUCCCUUUACACACUCCAGUGUAUCUUGCCACCUAGCCAAACUGGACUUAGUGAUAAAUGGUCACUUACAUUUUAAAAAAUAUUACAAGAUAGUCAGGAUGCUCCCAGUUCCAAGAGACUGAUCAUUUACUCACAUGUAUUAUACCUUAUAUCUCACACCAAAGACAACAUGGUAGCCAGUCCUGUGAUAAACUAAUGACUAAGUAGGAAAAAGACUUGUUCUUUAUAGGCUAAAGCAGGCAACAUAUACACACAAGUGAGUUCAGUCUGUGGGUUUGAAAGCUUUCAGAUCUGUCAGCGCUGAAAUGUUUUUCAGAGCUAACCAGUGUCAAGCAACCUGGGGAUCUCUAUGCUCAUGUUUAGAAAUCCUUGCCCCUCAGAAUACAGACAACAUAAAAAUGUUGCUUCAUCAGUGAUUUUUUAUCCCCUCCAUCCCAGAGUCCAAAACUGUUGGAGUGAGUUCAUGUGUAGGUCUCUCCUUCCUGGAGGGAGUUAGAAAAGCUAUCAACAGUCUCUGUCCUUUGAUUCUACACAAUAUGUCAUUUACAUUCAACAGGAUAUCUUAGGUGCUGGACAAACACUUUACCUUAACCCCUCUUUUCAUAUUUUGAGUUACACAAUUACAGAGGUUUACAAUGCAAACACUUAUAUUAUGAGCUAUAGAAGUUAUCACUGAGAUUAACACAUGCAGCAUUGUAUAAAGUCUAAAUACUAAAGCUAUUCUUAGCAACGUAACAUCUGUAUUUUAACAAUGCUAACACAAGUGAGCUGCAUUGGCUUCCAGCUAUUCAUUUGUAAUUCAUUUGUAGCACUGGCAUGAACUGGCAUCUCAAUUGGCAUUUUGGGUUUAGAUAUAAUUAAUUCAGAAGGACAGAUAACAGAGAAGCUAGUGAAAGUUUUUUUUAUUUGGAGCUUAAUACACCUGGGCUACA